AUGAACAGAGCAAGGAAAUUUGGAGUUCCAACGCCUACUUUAUACCUAAUAGAUGAUGUACAGCGCAGAAUAUAUAUGGAAUAUUUGGGUUAGCAGGCAAUGACAGUAAAGGAAUUCCUUUACCAAUUAAAAUCUUUUGAUCAUCCAAUUCUUGAGGAGCUUAUUGAAAAAAUUGGUGGAUAUUUAGCAAUCUUGCACUCAAAUGAUUAGAUUCAUGGGGAUCUUACCACUUCUAAUAUGAUGAUCAAGCCUAAUUUCUAGCAAGAGAUAUCGUAAAUUGCCGGUCCAAUGACUGCCUAAUAGAUAGUAGAAGCUGGCACUAUAGGUGAUGUUUUUGAUAAAAUCCUUUUGAAAUAUAAGGAAAAGGGGUAAAAGUCCCUAUAAAUCCUUGCGAAGUACAACGAUGUUGAGAAAAGAGGAAGAAAGAGAGAGUGUUUUGGAUGA